GACCGCGGCCUCUUCAACCUCGUCAUCUUCCGCCCCAGCACAUGCCCGACCUAGACAUCCCGCGCCCCGCCGGUCCACCACCCGCCGCUGCCAUCCCCGCAGCCGCGUUCAAACGCGCAGACUGCGUCCGCGUCCUGCGUGCGUGGCGCACGCUGCCGCUGGACCCCUACAUCGCGCUCGCCGCCACGCCGAGCGUGGCGGGUUCGGUGUACGAACCGCGGCCGGACGAGGCGCUGCGGCGCGUCGAGGCGGACUGCGACAGGAUUCGCGAGGUGUGGAAUGGCGCCGCGCCGAAGGCGUUUCGGGGUAUGUCGGCCCGUGACGACUCCUCUGCGGGCGAGUGUGCGAGUGGUGGAAGCGGGACGCCGCCGCGGCUGUGUCAAAGCGCUUCGAAUUUGAAGUUUGCGCCCGAGUGAAGCUCGGUUCUGCGCUAGCCAUUCGCGCAUCAGGAAACCCCUCCCGCCAAAAUUUCAGUAAAAUACGCGAAAA